AUGAUCUGUGAAGGGUUCUUAGUGAAAGGUCCUUCUGGUCCACUGGUUGUUCCUCUGGGAUCUUCAGUGGUUAUGCAUUGCUAUGUCGAUGAACUCUUACCUUUAAAAGGACUGAAGGUCAUUUGGGUACGAACAGAUGACAAUACUUUAGUGCAUGUGUUCCAAGAUUAUGAGAGUCGACCAGAUGCCCAGUAUCAGGAUUACCGCGAUAGAGCUUUUUUCUUCACUGAUAAAAUUAAAGAUGGAAACUUCUCCCUCCGUCUGGAAAAUGUGAGAGCUGGAGAUAAAGGUUUUUACAGAUGUAAGGUUUACACUGAGCAUGAAUCUGAGGAAACUCUGGUUCAAAUUAAAGCAGUUGAGCAUCUGAUGGUAUCAGGCUCUAAUCGUCCCAUAUCUGCGUCUGUGGGUGAGGACAUCACUCUGAACUGCUCUGUAGACUCUCACAUCCCAUCUGAGGAGAUUGAUGAGGUUUCAUGGAGGAAAACUGAUAAAAAUGAAAUCAUCCGGGUUCUGGGUUUUAAAAAGAAUGCAACGAUUAGAUCAGAUGAGAGUUACAGAGGCAGAGCUGAGUUCUUCACUGCUGAAAUCCCCAAAGGAAACUUCUCUCUCAGACUGAAGAGUGUCAGAACUGAGGAUAAAGGAGUUUACAUGUGUCUAGUGAAUACUGGAAAUUUUUCAGCCAACACAACAGCAAUACUGGAGCAAUUGGGUUUCUCUUUUUUACACAUAUUUGUGUUGAUUCUCUGUUUCGCUGCAUUCGGAUCUGCACUGGUGCUAUCAGUUCUGUGGAUAUCUGAGUGA